GCACUCUCCCCCCGCCUCCUCGCCAACAAAGUCGCAGCCAUCACCGGCGGCGCCACGGGCAUCGGCCGCGCCAUCGCCCUCGAGUAUCUCCGGCAGGGCGCGCGCGUCGCCGUCAACCAUCUCGGGGACGCGGCAUCGGAGGCGAGUUUUGCGAGCUUGGUUGCUGAGGCGGAGGCUGCGGGCGUUGGCAAUGGCAGUGCACAAGAGCAGCGCCUGAUUGCCGUGCCCGGCGAUAUCGCAAAGCAAGAGACUGCGGCGAGGCUGGUGGCGCGCACGGUCGAGACGUGGGGUCGGCUGGAUGUGUUCGUGAGCAAUGCGGGCGUGUGCCGGUUUGCUGAUUUUUUGGACAUCGACACCGAGCACUUCGAAUUCACACUAACCACCAACCUCGGCGGCGCCUUCUACGCCACUCAAGCGGCAGCGCGCCAAAUGGCGACCCAAGGCCACGGCGGCUCCAUCAUCGGCAUCUCGUCCAUCAGCGCGCUGGUGGGCGGCGCGCGCCAGACGCACUACACACCCACCAAAGCCGGCGUGCUGAGCCUGAUGCAGAGCUGCGCGUGCGCGCUCGGGCCCUACGGCAUCCGCUGCAAUGCGCUGCUGCCGGGGACGAUACGCACACAGCUCAACGAGGAGGACUUGCGGGACGAGGACAAGAGGCGCUAUAUGGAGGGGCGGAUUCCGUUGGGACGGACGGGCGAGCCGGCGGAUUUGGCGGGCCCCGCGGUGUUUUUGGCAAGUGAUUUGGCGGCGUAUGUUAGCGGCGCGCAGUUGUUGGUUGAUGGCGGGUUGUUUGUGAACUUGCAGUAG